AUGGAUACGUUUUUUAAGCCUGUUCACAGCCCCUCUGGCCCUGACGAGAUCAAGGCACGGAGGCAUCACCACCACCACCAUCUCCCCCAUCACCACGACCCGCAGUCACACAGGUACGCAAACGUUGACGACACAGACAGAAACACGGAUGAAAGCCACGGGCACCAUUAUCACCAUCAACAUGGUCGCUAUCUUCAUGACAAUCCUCCUCAUAACUCCCACCAUCAUCAUCCAAACCGGCAGUUUCACCACAGCGAAGUGGAUGAGAUACUGUACAACAACAAAACACCUCCACAGCACUCCCUGUCCUGCUCCAACAUCUCAGAAGUGCGUAGAGGUUUCCGGGAGGACGACGGCAGUGAGCCCAUUGUCUUUGCCACCAUCAAACACAGAAAUAACGGCAGUGUUUGUAGUGAGACACAUGGGAGUGCACAUAAGAGGGUCACGCGUGGUUUUCCUUGUCUUGAUCGGGGCCACAGCAGAAGUGAAGAAGGCCUCCUGCAGGGUAAUGAAAGUGAUCUUGAAGGAGAACAAUCCAGGGUACCACAUAAUAACUAUGGACCUCUGCAUAAGGCCGUUAGUUUGAACCGAAGCCUGGCUGUCAACGAGGAGGAAUUUCUGCUCGGGGUCUCCAGGGGACCUAAGAGAGCUGUGUCCUCCAGUCAGCUACCAAGCAAAGGCAUCCUCAAAAACAAGGAGCCCCAUACUGACAUCCGCAAGGCCAAGUCGAUGGAGGUGCUGUCACCAAGAGUUACGAAACAACCCAUUGGGCAGAAAGGGAAAAGGAAAGUGGUGCAGACAAGGUCAACUUUUGUGCAGGGAAAGUUGCAAUUCUCAGCUUUUCUAGAUGAGAUUACAAAACAGGUCAUAAGCCCGUCGGCUCUCAAUAUCCUGGGUGUGAACAAGGAUAAAGCUACCGUGAAGACGCCUGCCCCACCACCGCAAUCACCUGGACCAGUCAAGCCACAGCUCCCACCCAAGAAGCACAGGGGGAGUUUAGGGGAGGUGAGGGAGCAGAAACAGCACAACAACAGGCCGGAGAAGGCCCCUCGCAGCAGCUCUCGGAAACAUUCGGAUAGCUCCAAUCCUGAAAAACUGAUCUCAUAUGGGGAUAGGGGCCACCAUGGCAGCCCACUGCCUCAUCCUUACCCCCGGUCUCCAAGCCAAAACUCUCACCACGAGAGCAGCCGUAAAGAGAGGAGGCCCUCGCCCACUGGGGGCUCUGUGUCAGGGGACAGAUAUGGUCGAUGUGGGCCUCAGCUCACGGAUGGCACCAGCACCAGCCCUGAAUCCAUCCAGCCCAAACAUCGCCAGCAUCGCAAACAACAGCCCACCACCUCCGACGGUCAGUCUACCCAACAGUACCCCCAGCAUCAGCCUCAUCCCGGCCUUGGGCACAGAGGGCUCGUCAGCCAGGGUGUGGGGCCAGUUCAUGGAUCUGAGUCUUCAUCCUCAAAAUCUGAUUCUCCCAGGGGCAGAGACACGGCCUCCACCGCUACCAGCCACAGCUCAGAACUGAGUGGACGACACCAGCCACAGCAGCAUGUGGGGCCACCACUUCCACGCAGGGAUACACUGUGUGAUGCCGGCCAUCUCCAGGCGCUGCAAGAGGAGAAUUCCGAUCUUCACCAGAACUUGGUGCAGACUGUGGUUUGCAUUGAGAGCCUGGAGGCAGAGCUGCAGAGGACCAGAGACGAGCUUGGUCACGUCAAGGAGAAAUAUAAAAGCCUUUUAGAUACCCACACUGGGACCAAGCAGGCCAACAACCUGCUGGGGGAACACCUGCAUAUAGCGUCGGAGAGCCUGACCAGUGAGAGGAAGUACCUGCAGACCCGAGUGUCACAGCUUAGCUCAGAGUUAGAGGAUGCCCACAGGACCAUCGCAGGCCUGGAGAACAUAAAUGUGCCGUGCUUGAUAAAGGAUUUAUUGGAGAAGCACUUUGGUUCAGCCGAUGCCAUACAGAAGCUCCUGGCCACUUCUGCUCCGAUCAGCCAACCUGUCGCCUCCCUGCAGGCAGGGUGCCAAUCACACACGCCUAAAGUGGAGGAAGCAGUCAAUGAUUGGUUGACGAAAUCAGAGGCAGCUCCGAAGAGGUUCACAGCCUUCAUACCUUUUAAACAGGGGGGGGCAACAACAGGAACUGAAAGCAGUGUUUCUGCUCAGCACGAGUCCAGGCACAGCCCACCUUUCUCUGUAGCUGACAUCAGCACUGCUAUCUAUAAAAAAAUGGCUGCCAGUUAUGCUGCCAGGCCACAGCCUCAAUAUCCCCAUAGCCAACAGCAGCUUGCUUUGGGCACCAACCACACUGACACCCCUCCCAACCUCCAGCCGGCCCAUGUGGGUGGGGACAGCUGGGCUGCGAAGGCAGGGGUAAAGGUAACGCGUUUGGAGCAGGACGUUGUGGAUGUGACCGCCGUGUCAGCCCAGCAGAUCCUGGAUGAAUUCCUGCAGCAGCUGCAGCCCCAUAAGGAGGCGGGAGGAGGGGAACAAAGAGGCAAAGUGGCAGAAUGAAAAUGCCUUCCAACAACAGGGCAGGACCAAUGUAUAUGAUUGUGUUAUUGCAUUGAAAUAUGUAAGUCAUUAUUAUUAGAUGUCAUUUAUCAAGACCCCAAAAUACCAGAAAUCUGUUAUUUUUGGGUUGUACAUAAUGUACGUUUUAGGUAGGCCUAUACUUUGAUGGGUUUUAUAAACCAGAGGAAUAAUAAGGAAAGUCUUAGCACGAUGCUGAAGCAUAAGAGUUGCCAACAUUUGAAGUACAACAUUAUUGGAUGCAAAAAAUAGUCUAUAUUAAGAAGAAAAAAACGUGUAGUUCACAGUGAAAAACAACUGACUACUUUAAAUGCUAAAAUGUAGUUAAAAUAUGUGAACGUGCAGUAGGCCUAUAGAGUAGAUAAAUACACUAAUGAGAAACUUUUUCAAAGUAUGCUUUAUGAAUAUACUUCCAUUUUUUUUUUUUGGGAAAAUGCAUUUACUGUGUACUCCCAUAUUCUCUUGUCCUCUAAUUUCCCUUAAUUGAACAAAGAAGAUGCCAAUCAAAUGUUGUCUUCAGUGUCCCUGUUGAGUAUCAAAAAUGUACAUAGUCUAUAGUCAUUCUUUAAAAAAGCCUGUUGUACCAUUAUAAAAAAGUGUAAUUUGUAUUUUAAGCAAUAAUUGUUCAACCAGGGAGAUAUACUGGAUAUGUGUUAAGAAAUGACUUUUGUAGGCAGUGAUAAGUAACGCAUGUAGAGGUCAGAUACAAAAAUGCAUGUGAGCUGAUAUGAAGAUAAUUGUAUAACAUUAUUUACUGAUUUAUGUGACAAUUUAAAUUAUUAUAAAAUGUCUAAAUAUUUUUUUGAAUUUGAAUAUAUGAUACAUAAAUGUAUAAGCCCUUAAUUAGUGCAUUCAUAUGGGUUAGAUGUUUAAAGCUGAUCUAGUGGGCAGAACAAAAGUGAAAAAGUGCAGCAGCAACACGUUGGUGUUAUGUUAAUUUAUAGAGGCCCUAUCCCUCAUCAGUGUAAAUGUAACCCUAUGUAUUAUACAGUUAUAGAUAUAGUCUACACCACUGUAUUAUUUCUAUGUAUCCUUAU